AUGUUGGAGGCCUUUCACACGAUCAAGGGAGCUCUGGUGAGUGCUCCAAUUGUCCAACCUCCUGACUGGAACCUUCCGUUCGAGGUGAUGACAGAUGCUAGUGACUAUGCUGUCGGAGCGGUUCUGGGCCAGAGAAAGGAGAAGAAGCUGCACGUGAUCUACUACGCCAGUCGCACACUUGAUGAAGCUCAGUGCAAGUACGCUACGACUGAGAAGGAACUAUUGGCGGUGGUGUUUGCAUUUGAGAAGUUUCGGUCCUAUCUUGUUGGAUCGAAGGUGAUUGUCCACACUGAUCACGCUGCCUUGAAGUACUUGCUGACGAAGAAGGAUGCGAAGCCGAGACUCUUGAGAUGGAUUCUUUUGCUUCAGGAGUUCGAUCUGGAGAUCAAGGAUAAGAAAGGGAUUGACAAUGGUGUAGCUGAUCACCUGUCAAGGAUGAAGAUCGAUGAUGACGUUCCUCUAGACGACACUUACCUGAUGAGCACGUCUACGCUGUUGAGGAGAUGUGUAGCUGAUGAGGAGAUACCUGGGAUCUUGUUCCACUGUCAUAGCUCGUCUUAUGCUGGACACUUCGCCACGUACAAGACUGUAUCCAAGGCGCUGCAAGCUGGCUACUGGUGGCCCACCAUGUUCCGAGAUGCUCACAGAUUCGUGUCUAAGUGUGAUGUGUGCCAGAGACAGGGGAACAUCAGUAAGAGAAACGAGAUGCCACAGAACUUCAUUCUGGAAGUAGAGGUUUUCGACGUGUGGGGAGUUGACUUCAUGGGACCCUUCCCAUCUUCCUAUGGAAACCUGUACAUUUUGGUGGCUGUCGACUAUGUAUCUAAGUGGGUAGAGGCUUUGGCCAGUCCCACUAAUGAUGCAAAGGUCGUGAUGAAGAUGUUCAAGUCGGUGAUCUUCCCUCGAUUUGGUGUGCCGAGAGUUGUUAUCAGUGAUGGAGGUUCCCAUUUCAUCAAUAGGACCUUCGAUAAUAUGUUGAAGAGGCACGGGGUGAAGCACAAGGUGGCGACUCCUUAUCAUCCCCAGACGAGUGGCCAAGUCGAGCUAUCUAACAGAGAGAUCAAGAACAUCCUUCAGAAGACUGCAGGCACGACUGGGAAGGACUGGGCUGCAAAGUUGGAUGAUGCACUCUGGGCCUAUCGAACUGCCUACAAGACUCCUCUUGGUACGACACCGUUCAACUUGGUCUAUGGCAAGGCUUGUCACCUGCCUGUGGAGUUAGAGUACAAGGCUGCGUGGGCAGUGAAGCAGAUGAACUAUGACAUGAAGUCUGCGGCAGAGAGGAGGAACAUGCAGUUGGUCGAGCUUGACGAGAUUAGGCACCUGGCCUAUGACAGUUCGAAGAUCUACAAGGAGCGGACUAAAGCUUACCAUGACAAGAAGAUCCUGAAAAGGAACUUCUCCCAAGGAGAUCAAGUCCUGCUGUUUAACUCCAGGCUGAAGUUGUUUCCUGGAAAGCUGAAAUCAAGGUGGUCUGGGCCCUUCGUUAUCAAGGAAGUCAGACCAUAUGGAGCUUUUGAGCUAUGGGACAAGUCUGGUGGACACUUCGUGGUGAACGGUCAACGCCUCAAGCCAUACCUUGCUGAUACCGACAUCACAGAGAGGGAAUCUAUUCCUCUCAGUGAUCCAUCUCCUGCCUGA